AUGUUGGACCUUUACAAUACAUUCAUUACGUAUAAAAUGGAAGGUCAAUUUAUUGUAGAUAAAGAAAUUGGUUCAGGUUCCAAUAAAACAAACCCACCAGGAUUUUGGAUUGGUUUCGAUGACGCUUUCUAUGCAGUUGCUGGAUAUCAAAUCCUUGCAAAUGGUCGUAUCGUAUAUUCUCAAGACAACGCAAGAGAAGAAGCAUAUAUAACUUCAAACUCACAAACUACCGAACAAAUAAAGAAAGUAGAUGUUUUCUCAAAGACUCGACAUGAAGAUGUAUGGAGUCAUUCGGGAACAUGCAGAACAGGACAAAUUGUUAGUGGUCCAAUUACAGCAGGAAAAUCAUUUGAUUUUAAGCUUCGUUUAAGAAUUCCUGUUAGAAGAUUCCUUCCAUUAGAAGCUAUUCGAUUUAUUCCAGCUUUUGCAGGAAACAUUCAGCUUAAAGUAAAGUUCAGUAGCGACGCCUUACAAUGCACAUCUAUAUCUGUAAAUGAUAUCAUUGCUUUCAAUCCAACUCUUAAAGUUGCAUUUGCUUCAGAUUCAAAUCCACCGACAAAUAAAUUUGUUCCAUGGAAUGAACCAUUCACUAUGAUAACGAAGUCAGUAGAAGCUAGUGGAACAGUUACUAUUACAACUGUAAACCAGCAACUAUUUCGAACAAAGAUGUAUUUUAAUGAAUGUUUCAUUCAUCCAAAGUCAUUCUCUUUAGACCCUAACAUUUAUACAGAACUUGUAGAACAUUAUACAAACGAGGCUUUAUGUUUUCCUGUUAAAGUUAUGGAUUGGAUUCCUAUGGACGGUUCAUUCUCAAAGAAUACAGAUA